AUGGAUCCCAGCAUGCAAGGGGAGACCAUAAAGGUUCCCAUCACCUGCCUCAAGUUUGAGGCUCCAGCAGAUGGGCUUCCUGUUUGCGAGGACUGGCUCACGACCUUUGAAAGCAUGCUCCUGGGAGGGGUGGACCUUGCUCGUGAGCAACUGGACGGGACUAUGGCUUGUUCAAUAGAUUCGUGGGAAUGCGGGCCUCACAGCGUGGAUUUGGUCAAGGGCUGGACAAGGGCCUCUGCGGUGUUGGUCAUUUUGAUUGCUGCAAGCGAGUUGGACCUCACAGAUCCAGCUGCAAUUGAGAAGUUGAGACCCUUGUUCCCUGUUUUGGACAAGUGCUGGACAGUGCCGGUCCACUUUACGUUCAACAUGGACGAGGCCCUCAGAUCCUUCCGCAACAUCCAGCUAUCAUUUCGCGGCUCGGAGCGGCAAGCUCCGAACAGCUUGCAGCUGUCUUUGAGGUUUGCCCGUGUCAUGGAAGUUCGGGCUGAGGAGGAACGCCACUUGCUGGACUGGACUACGGACCAGCGUCUGUCUGAGGUUGUCGCUGAGUUCAACGCCACCCCGGGGUUGGGUGCAAAACAUAGAAUUGAGGACGACCGAUACAAAGCGAUCUUCAACCUGGUGAGUGGGACCUGUGAAGAAUCCCGAGCGGUUAUUCGCAACCAUCUCGACCGACACAAGUGGCAGCAAUCAGCUUUUAACACCGACCAGUUUAAAAGUCUUCGAUGGCUGGUCGGGGCAUGCCCGAAAUCAGGACAGUGCCCUGCCGAGUUGCGCCGGUGCCUCACUGUGACGGAGCGCUCGCAAACGCUGCAUUUCCAGUUGGUGGUCAAAACCUUUGGCGACGCUACUCGGUGCUUGCGUCCAUCGGCCCGCGCAAGAGCGCGCCUGUCGCCGGAGAAGUUUGAAGGCUUGGCGGACUUCGCAUGCGUGUACGCCGCCAUUUGGGAUGAGGCUCGCACCAUGACCAGCUGGAAUCCUGAGAAAGAUGCAGCAAUGGAAAAGGCCUUCUUCCAGAAGGACUACUUCGCAGAUGUGACGGCAAGAUUGAGCACUUGGAAGCCUCAACACCUUUCCAUUUGGUGCGACCUUGUUGAAGCGCCAGCCAGUCCUGCCAAGCUUUCCACACCAGCGGACCUGGCAGACAUCGAAGAACAAGCCCAUGCUGCGCGCUUCAGAGAGAUCAGAGCCAAGCUUUCACAGGAUGUCCUCACGAUGUCCCAGCUCAAUGCCAAAGAGGCGGAGCUGAAGCGCCGCAAGCAUGUGAUCUCGGUGAUGCACGAAAAGGCGCAGCUGGAUAUCGGAAAAGAGCUGUGUGAGACUUACAUGGAAAAGCGGUCUCGCAUUGCAAUGGCAACCCGGAAAGAUGGCCCUGAAGCUUGCCUAGACGCAAUCAUCCGCCAGGCAGCUUCAGACCACCAGGUGGAUCCGCGUGACGUCGACGUCAUCCUGUUCUUUGAUUGCACCAAGCUUGGCGUGUUGACUCAAUCGGAGAUCAACAUGGCUGGGGACUUUACCGAAAAGGUUUUGGGGAAGAAUCCAACAAGGAGUGUCCUGGUUCUGAUCCCUCCUCCCCUGGUGGGAAGCGAGAGCGGUGGGAGUUUGAGGCAAGACAUCAGGACCGAGUAG